AUCUCCCAUUCACGGUCACUCUUAAAUUUUUCGCCGAAUCGAACGAACGCAAAGCAACGGACGGAAAAUCGCAUCUCCGAUCGGAAAUCGUACAGCCCAUUCGCCUGCGUACACAUAUUAUCAGUCGCGUGUGUAUUAGUGCCAGUGUGGUGCAAAAUAAAAAACAGCUGCGAAAUACAGAAAUCUCAAGAAAAGCUAGUGAAAAGAAAAGGAAAACUUCUCAACGCGUUAAAAGUCGCUCUCUUCCCCUCUUUAUUCAUUUCUCGGUGUGCCUGUGUGUGUGUAGUGCUAGUGUGUGCGAGUGUGAGUGAGACGGGCAAACAAUUUGCCGCUAAAUACAAAAAGCAGCUGUGACCAGCUGACACAUGUGUGUGUGCGAAAUACAAUAAAAGCAAAAGGCUAUAAUACAGGCUAUAAAUAAAUUGCAAAUGUUUAUGUAGCCGUGUGGCCAAAGCAGCAGCAGCGGCAACAACAAAACGCACGUGGCGCAGACAAAUUUUGGCCACGAUAGUGAGCAAACACACAAACACGAUCAAACAUGUCCGCCGUACCGGUUGCCAUCAAAACGGAGGAGGUUAUUCUAGAGCACGCCGAAUACAACAGCGCCGAGGAAUUGGAUGAGGAAUUACAAUUACAACUAGAGGAUUCAGGGGGCGAGAACUAUCACAUCGAGUACGCCAGCGAGUCGGCCCAUCAGGGCUCUCAGCGUCGCCAGUCGAGCAUGAGCGGUACGAAUACCUCCAAGGGCGGAGGAGGCGGCGGGGGCGGGGCCUUGAGCGAUGGAGACGGUUCGGGAAAACCCCUCGUAGACAGCGAAAAGCGGAUGCGCCGGGAAAUCGCCAACAGCAACGAACGGAGACGCAUGCAGAGCAUCAACGCCGGCUUCCAGAGUCUGCGAUCACUGCUCCCGAGACACGAGGGCGAAAAAUUGAGCAAGGCUGCCAUCCUGCAACAGACCUUCCAAUACAUCGUGGAGCUGGAGAACCAGAAGACGCAGCUGCUGACACAGAAUAGUGAACUGAAGCGCCAGGUGGGCGAGCACGAGGCCGGUGGCGGAGGAUCCGGCGAGGGUGGUGCCAACUCUGGCGGAAACUACAACGAUUCGAGUGCCAGCGGGGGCAACACAACGGCGGUGGCUAUUAAGAAGCGCAAGCUGACCGACAACGUGAUCAACAUCCAGGCGAUUAGCGACAGUUCCGACGAGGGUCUUGGCUCAAUGUCACCGGAACCGAUGACUCUGCUAACAGCGGGCGGAGCGGCGGCCACCAAACUGAGCAAUGCCAGCAUUCUGGCGGCCAAGGAACUGCACGAGAUGAAGAAGCAGCUGGAGAAGGAGCGCAGCCUGCGGAGACUCCUCGAAGACGAGCUGCAGAUGAUCAAGCGGCAGCUGUAUAGUGUGGCAACAGCACCACCAGGAACUGCAGUGGCAGCCGCUUCAGGCGGAAAUAGUGGCGCCUACAUUCCACGCGAGGUCAUCGAGCACACCGAUAACUUUGUGCGCAGCGAGGAUUUGGAGGAACUCGGCGGUACUGUCUCCUACGUGGAAAUCGAUGAGAUGACGGGCCAACAGCAGGUGGUCGUUUGCUCCAGCAUUGAGGAAUUGGAGGCCGAUGCCGCUGCCGAAAUCAUCACCGAGGAUCAGGUGCACGAGGAGGUCAUCCUGUCAUCGAACAGCUCCACGGAGUCUGAAAACGAGGUGAACGUGAAUGCAAUUGCCAAAGCCUAUGCCGAAGGAUGCACGUCGAGUGCUGCGAUGCUGCAGCCCAUUCUGCAGGCGGCCAUUAAGGCCACGCCCAAGGUGGAGGUGGAACGAAUCCACGAGAAGAUUGUCAAGGUGAAGGCGGAGAAGCACGAUCUGCCAUCGAUGCAGACGACCACGCACUAUCAGCAUCCACAUCGUCAGAAUCUAGAGACCAUUGUCCAGGCCAUCAGACAUCUGGAGGGCGAUCAUUUGUUUGCGGACGGCAGUGGCGGCCAAGAGAAGUUUGGCCAACAGCAGAAUCUCCAGCAGCAUCAUCACCAAAUGACUGGAGUGCAUCACCACCAGCAGCUGCAGCAUCAUCAUCGACUGGGGCAGGAUGCCCCACUCGCUCUGACCACCACGGGCAAGCAGCAUGCGGCACUGGCGGAGCUGCGACCCUUCCUUCAACUCAAGAGCAGCGGCAACAAGCAGGUGAUCAUUACGGCCAAGUCGGCGAAGGAUGCCGGCGGCUUGGUCUCGACGAGCAGCAGCAGUACUGCGGUCACGCCGACGGCGAUCUUCAAGGUGCAAACAACAGGCGGACAUGGGAGCAGCAGCCAUUUGUCAGCGAGUUCAACGGGGGGCACCAUAAUCACUGGCAGCAAUGGCAGCGGUGGCGCUCAGCAGCUGACCAUCACCACAGCCUUGAAACAAUGCCGACCGGGCGUAAUAGUGGCCAAGCAGCUGCCGUCGUCCUGAUUCAAUGGCCC